CAGACCACACACGCAUACAAUUAGGGCAAAUCAUUUCAGCCUCCCAAAUCGCCUCCGUCUCGAUUCUCGUUCUCAUCAUUUCAGCCUCCCAAAUCGCCUCCAUCUGUAUUCUCGUUCUCAACUCUGAACUUGCCCUCUCUCUGUCUCUGCAACUGCAAACUACAAAAUCUACAAGAAUCAGAACCCAUAUUGGCAUAUCAUUUCAGAUUGUUCAAAAAAUCAGAACCCAUAUCCUUCAGUUUCCAAAUCCCGCUGUUCCAGUUCGAUUGGGUUCGCCGUUCGCAGGCUUCAGCCUCUGGCCCUCUGUCUCUCAACUCUCAAGCCCUCUCUCUGCAACUGCUAACUUGUAUAUAUGGUUUUUUUUUUUUUUUUUUUUUUCUAAAUCAAUUAAUCAAGGUACCAAUAUUUUUGAUGCACACAUCAGUGUUCAUCUCAGGACUUGGAUUUUCCACCUACUUUUCAUGGAGGCUGUCCAUAGUAGCUUUCCCAACUUUACUUCAAUUAAUCAUUCCUGGGAUGAUAUAUGGCAAAUACCUUCUGUAUCUGUCCGAGAAGUCCUUCAGCGAAUACGGCAAAGCAAACACCAUAAUAGAGCAGGCUCUUCGCUCCAUCAAAACUGUGUAUUCAUUCACUGCUGAAAAGAAUAUCAUUGAGAGGUAUUCGACAAUAUUGGAUCGAACAACAAAGCUGGGAAUCAAGCAAGGAAUUGCAAAAGGACUUGCUGUGGGGAGUACAGGGCUUGCUUUUGCAAUAUGGGCUUUCCUUGCUUGGUAUGGAAGCCGGUUGAUUAUGUACCACGGAGAGAGUGGAGGAAGAGUUUAUGCAGCCGGACUUUCCUUCGUAUUGGGUGGACUAUCACUGGGAAUGGCACUACCUGAUGUCAAGUACUUUACAAAAGCUUCAGUUGCUGCCUUGCGAAUAUUUGAUAGGAUUGACCGGAUUCCUGAAAUCAAUGGUGAAGACUAAGGUAGGUUCAAGUGUGUGUUGAUCAUUUAACCUGUGAAAUCGAUGGUGAAGACUAAGGUGGGUGAAAGAGGGGCUCUUUUAUCAGUUGGACAAAAGCAGCGGAUUGCCAUUGCUAGAGCUAUCAUUAAGAACCCUGUGGUUCUACUACUUGAUGAAGCAACAAGUGCACUUGACUCUGAAUCAGAAACCAUUGUCCAAAAUGCUCUGGAUCAAGCCUCCAUGGGAAGAGCCACACUGGUCAAAGCUAUGAUUGCGGGAUUGCUGUUCCCAUUACUUUUUUUGUUGCCAUUAUAUUUUUUGUAUGGCUCAUGAUCAAGAAGUUGCAUAUAUGGAAGAGAGAGACUAAAACAAAGCAAGAAGAUAUGAAGAAUUUUUGUUUUAUUUUGGUUAAGUAAAGAUAUAAGCUUGUGGAUCAUGUACUUCUUUGAAAUUUGUAUAUAUUUUUGUAUAAAAUCAUGAUUUGGAAUUGGUUAUAUAUAUAUAUAUAUAUAUAUGAUUUUAUUGGCCAGUUGCAAGUUAUUUUGGUUAUGAUGCUAUUUUUUAUUUAUAGGGUUUGCUUUUUGGGUCCUUGCAAGGCUAGUAUUAGGGCAAAAAAAAAAAGGCCUCAUAGGGCGUCAAUAGGGUUUUUAUUUAUAACACUUUUUACCAUGGUUUUGCACUGUGGUAGAAAGUCUUCUUUUUAUUACGGUGCAAACCGUGGUAGAAGGCCUUCUGCUUACUACCACGGCAGUUUUUACUACGGUUCAAAAUCGUGGUAGAAAACGUUUUCCACCUUGGUAAAAAGCUGUUUUUCUUGUAGUGGCAUAAUCAUAUUUGUUCUUCCCUUGCAGCUCUUGCCCCUUUACUAGACCGAUUUGGGCUUUCUUGCCAUGCAAAUGCAGAUUUCAGGUCGCUCAUCUUCCUUGGGAGAACUUCAUCAGCUGAGCAUCGCACCAUUGGAGAGGUCGAAAUAUGCAGAAUUCAACUAACAAACUAAUACUCACCAGAUUGAGGUUUGAGUAUUAUGAUUUGUAGAUCAUUGAAGAGUACAUACCUUCCUCUUCACUGUUAUCACUGUUAUCAAGCGGAUCUGGAAAAGGCUGCUUUCCAUGCGAGUGACUUUGUCUUCACAAGGAGACUCAUCCAUCGGAGCAGGAUUGAGCGUUGGAGGCUUUUCCUCUCUUUUAGAAUGUUUAGUAACUUUGCCUAGGGUUAAUUUUCUAGACCAUAAUACUGUAAAUUGUCUUUUGUCUCUUGGACGAAUUGUGGAUUGGGGUGGGCUUUUGGUAUGGCCAUCUAGGUUUUGGGUUGGGCUUUAGUCAUAGCCCUUUGUUUUUGUUCAUAUUUUGACUGGCCUUUUCCAUAUGAAGUAUAUUUACCACUUCAUAAAAUUUAUUUAAUCAAAGCAAUGAUAACUAAAAAUUUAAUUA